UUGAAGUGGAAGAGAGGAAAAAAAUGUUUUAUAAUUAUGUGUUGAACAACACGCAGGUCGGAGGUGGCCAUCAUUUUGAUUUUCUGAAUCAGAAAAACGAAAGAAAGCUCCAAUGGCUAUGGCUUUCCCUUCGACACUAUCAAUACGAUUCUGUUCUCUCUGCUCUCAAUAUUCCCCCUUUUCCCUUUCUCUCUAGACUCUGUUUUCUCUCUCCUCUGCUUCUGCAUGCGUCAACAAUGGGGAACCUCUGCGCCAUACUCUCGCCGCCGCCCAAACCAGCGGCGAAGCAACCGGCGAACACCUUCCCGGACCCGCCGCCUCUGUCCAUUUCCAGCAACCGAUGGUCUCGAAUGCGGUCCUCGCGGAGGGAGAAGCCCGGAGAGUCGCUGACUCCGGAGCAGGCUCUGGAAGUAGCCGCGGCGGCGCUCUACCAGAAACGCCCUCUGGAUUCUUCUCUGCCGUUUGAUCGGUCUACUUCGCUCCGGCAACCGGCCCCCGGCAAGAAGAAUCGGAACGCCUUGCCGCGGAGUUCGAGCUCGCGGCCUCGCUCGCUCACUGACCCUCUUCUUCAGCCUCAUCAGCUUGUUAAUCAGGAUAUAAAGUUAGAUGACUUGGAAACAAAUCACUUUGUUCUUGUCCAUGGAGGUGGUUUUGGUGCUUGGUGUUGGUAUAAAACUAUUGCCCUUCUUGAAGAAGCGGGCUAUAGAGCCACGGCAAUAGACCUAACUGGCUCAGGAAUUCAUUCGUUUGAUCCGAACAGCGUCGUGAAUCUGGCGCAGUAUGUGCAGCCACUUACUGAUUUCCUUGAAAAGCUUCCUGAUGACGAAAAGGUUAUCCUAGUUGGGCAUGAUUUUGGUGGUGCUUGUAUUUCAUAUGAAAUGGAAUUAUUUCCUCUUAAAAUUGCAAAGGCUAUUUUCAUUGCUGCAGCAAUGUUGAGUGAUGGCCAAAACACUCUUGAUAUGUUCUCUUUACAGGCUGGUUCGGACGAUGUCAUGCGACAGGCUCAAGUCUUCGUGUAUGCGAAUGGCAACGGCAAGACUCCAACUGCUAUUGAAUUGAAAAAACCAUUGUUAAAGGACUUGUUCUUCAAUCAAACUCCAACCAAGGAUGUAGCUUUGGCAUCUGUUUCAAUGAGACCGAUACCCUUCCCACCUGUUUUAGAAAAACUCCAUCUUUCAGAUGCAAAGUACAGAUCAGUGAGACGGUUUUACAUACAGACGCUGAACGACAAUGCCGUACCCGCCCCAAUCCAGGCGAGCUUGAUCACAAGAAACCCUCCGGAACAGGUCUUCAGUCUAAAAGGUGCAGAUCAUUCCCCCUUUUUCUCAAAGCCUCAGGCAUUGCAUAGGCUAUUGGUAGAGAUCUCAAGAAUCAAAAGAUCUUAGGAAGCAGUCUCUCUCACCAGCUAGAUUGGUUUGCAUUGAAAGUUUUUCCAAGCUUUUGCUUUAUUGGUAUGGCAUGUGAAUGAAUAAAGUUGGUGGGGCUGCUCUCCAAGAGGGAUGAAAUGAAAAGCCCUGAUCUUGCCACCUCAUUUUCUAUUUCUUCUUCUUAUUUUUUUAUAAAAAUAUUACAUUAAUUAAAAGAGCAAUGAGGUUGCAAGAUGAGAAUCAUCUGGUCCCAAAACGGGCUGUUUUAAUGGCCUUAAUUGGAGGAGAGGUCAGCCCAAAGUUUGGGUAUCAAAGUAUCAAUAAUAUGAAUGCAAUUAGGCAUUGAAAGAAGUUCGGAAUCAA